AUGAGCACUAAUAAUAGUAAUAAUAUUAUUCGUCAUCGUACACUUUCUUCUCCAUCAACAACUAUAAUUCAUGAUUAUAAUUCACAAUCAUUACCAACAGUACCACGUGUUCGAGAUAAUUCUCCAAAUGCACUUACUCGUGUAUUACAAUCAUCAUCGAUACCUGAUCUUGAAAUUCUUACUGAAGAAGAUGAAGAUAUUAUUCCAAUGAAUGAGCAACCCAAUUUAAUAUCAUUAACAUUACAUAAACAAAAUUCCUAUCAAACAAAUACUAAACAUCAAAAACUUGUUUUACCAACAAUUCUUGAAUCUCAUGAUCAUGAAACCAUGAUGGAUAAUACAACUGAACUUAAAUCUCAAGAUUCAUUUGUAGCAACAAAUACAAAUUAUAAUCAAAAUGAACAAAAAUUUCAUACAAAUAAAAAUAAUGAAAUGAUUGAAUUGACAAUUAAUAAACUUUUACAACAAAAAACUCAAAGAAAAGUACGUGAAUUUAAGUUUGUUUUACCUACAUGUACUUGUCAAUUAAAACAAACUUGUGGUUAA